AUGGCUCAUGUUAUUGAGCUGGCAGGGGAGUCGAAUCCCCUCACGCCACAAAAUGUCUUGAAUUCUUUGAUACAAGCUGCGAGCUCUACGCAGCAGCAGGUUCAAACUGGCACCAAGCAGCUUCAAUACUGGGAAAAACAGGAAAAGUAUUACACGUUCCUUCAGGAUGUAUUCUUAGAUCAGUCGGUCCCGAACGAAGCUAGAUACCUCGCUAUCAUCCAGAUGAAGAACGGAAUCGACAAGUAUUGGCGCAGGACGGCACCGAAUGCGAUAAAGAAAGAGGAAAAGGAACACAUCAAAGUUAGAGCUUUACAGGCUGGCGUCCUGGAACCGGCGCCUCUUCUGGCUCUUCACAAUGCUUUUGUGCUUGCAAAGAUCAUGCGCCUCGAGUAUCCGCAAGAAUGGCCUGAAGGAAUUCCCGCAGUCCUCGAUUCCCUCCGGUCAUCUGUUCAACCUGGCGCAAACCCGUUGCAGUUGCCGCGAACGCUUAUCAUUCUCCUACAAAUUAUAAAGGAAUUGUCGACAGCUCGAUUACAGAGAACACGCCAGAGCCUACAGUCGAUCGCUCCGGAGAUACUUCAUGUUUUGGGCAGCAUAUACGUGGAUAAAGUGAACACAUGGGCCCCUGCACUAGAGCAAGGCAAUUUUGGCACCGCGGGGCUUCCGGAGGCCAUGGAGCAGAGUCUCAUUGCGCUUAAGGUUCUUAGGCGUCUGCUUGUGGCUGGAUAUGAGCAUCCUAACCGAAGCAAAGAUGCACAAGAGUUUUGGUCCUUGACACAUUCCCAGUUCAGUAGAUUGUUCGCUCUCAUCAGCGGUUCCGCGGCAUUACCCGAAGAAGUACAGAGAUUUGUGGAGAAACACCUUCUGCAACUGUCUAAGCUUCACGUGGAGAUGGCCAAAGAGCGUGCCGCGUCCUUUGCGUUGCUCCCGAAUAGUAUCCCGCUAGUCCAAUCAUACUGGACGCUGGUAGUCAAGCUAGGAGAGAACUACAGCCAAUUGGGCGCGGAUGGCGAGUCGGACAAGACCUUCAUGGAGAAAGCCGGCCUUAGAGCUCUGCUUCUCCUUAGGGCUUGCUCCAGGAUGGCAUUCUACCCUGCACAGUCGUUCAAGUAUCAGACUCCGCAAGAUAAAGAGGAGAAGCAGCAAGCUGUCAAGCUUAUCAAGUCGCAGCUUUUCACACAAGAUUUCGUCAUCCAUGUCAUGGAACUGCUUGUCACGCAGUUCUUCCGUUUCAAGCAGAACGACUUCCAGGAAUGGGAAGCAGAGCCAGAGGACUGGGAGCGGAAAGAGGAGGAUAUUGCCGAAGCCUGGGAGUUCUCGAUACGAUCUUGCUCGGAAAAGAUCUUCCUUGAUUUGGUUAUCCAAUUCAAGGACCUGCUGGUGCCUCGUUUACUGACUGUCUUCCAGUCUUUUGCAAGCCCAGAAAACCGUGAUGUGUUGUUGAAGGACUCACUGUAUUCGGCCAUCGGAUUGGCCGCAGCUUGCUUAGAGAAGCACCUCGAUUUCAUCAACUUCCUGCAGACCACUCUCGUCCCGGAGGUCCAGAUUCAAGAACCUGGCUACAACGUGCUCAGAAGGAGAAUCGCGAUUCUUCUUGGCCAGUGGGUUCCUGUCAAGUCCAGUGAGAUGAACUGGGAAUCAAUCUACCAAAUAUUCCAGCAUCUGCUCAACAAUCAAGAUCCAUUGAAUGACCUCGUCGUCCGGAUCACUGCCGGCCGGCAGCUGAAGCACGUGCUCGAUGUCUUUGAAUUCAGUCCGGAUGUCUUUAAGCCCUUUGCGCCGUCCAUCUUCGGAAGCCUCAUGUCCCUGGUGCAGGAAGUUGAGAGCUCUGAGACGAAGAUGGGCUUGCUCGAUACGGUGCGAUUGGCAGUUACCAGGAUGGAAGACAACGUUGCUCCAUUCUCUGAUGCGAUUCUAGCAUUAUUGCCGCCGUUGUGGGACGGCUCUGGUGAAGAGCAUCUGCUGAAGCAGGCUAUCCUUACUUUGCUUGGGGCAUUGAUCUACUCGCUCAAACAAGAAUCAAUGAGAUACCAUUCGAUCGUUUUGCCUCUAAUUCGUAACUCGGUUGAUCCCACUUCGGAUACCAUGAUCUACCUCUUGGAAGAUGCCCUAGAGCUUUGGAGCGCCAUAAUGCUUCAAACCCCUUCACCCCCCUCCCCCGAGAUCCUCUCCCUCAUUCCCGCCCUCUUCCCCGUUUUCGAAACUGCCGUCGACGGCGUCAACCAGGCCCUCCAGAUCGCAGAAUCAUACAUCAUCCUCGCCCCACAGGAAAUUCUCAGCGACCGCAUCCGCCUCCCACUUUUCACCUCCUUCGAGACCCUCCUCGAACCAACCCUCCGCCAACGCGGAGGCUACGUCCCCCGCCUCAUCGAACUCGCCAUCCGCGGCGCCGAGACCGUCGACAACGGCAGCGAAAACACAUACCGCGUGAUCAUCAGCUCGCUACUCGACAGCUCCCUCCUGACCUCCCUGCUCGAGGGCCUACACUCCGCAUACGAAGCAAGCCAGACAACAGGGCCAAACAAGAAACAAACAAGCAUCUACGGCGGCGUCGAAUCAGACUACUUCUCCGUCCUUGCACGUCUCGCCCUCGCACACCCUACGCUCUUCGUCUCCGGCAUAACAGCCGCCUUCUCCAACAGCAAUAGCAUCAACAACAACGUACAGUCCCCGGACCAAGUGCAGGAAAAUCUUCUUACCUGGCUCCUAACGGAAUGGUUCUCGCACUACGACAACAUUGGCACCGCAACGCAGAAGAAACUGCAUGCGCUAGCCCUAACCCAGCUUCUAACCCUCAACGGCCCGAAUACCCAGCCGCCAGCCUAUAUCCUCAACCACCUGCAAUCGUAUCUCAAUGUUUGGACGGAUAUCAUCACCGAGCUGGCCGAGGGCACGACGGAGGGUGAUCCCAGCGAUCCCCGGGGCGGCGAUUACCUCAUCUACUGGAACAAUGCGCAGACAGGGACGUAUGAGGAUACGGAGCCGCCUGAGAACACGCGGCGGCGAGAGUGGGAGAGCUCGGAUGUUGUUCACAAGACGAAUAUCCGGAACUUUGUGCGCGAAAGGCUGCAGUCUCUAAUUGUGGGCUGUGGAGGCGAGCAGCGGUUCCAGGAGGAUUGGCUGGUUAAUGUUGACCGAGAUGUGGUUGCGGCUUUUGCUGCGCUGCGGUUGCUCUGA